UGAAGCUGUAAACCAGUCACUGAAACAACUUUGCUUACGCAAGGACUUUCUCCUCGACAUUUCAGCUGAUAAUGAAGUAAUAAUACGUGCGCUUCUAAAGAAAACGGUAUUGUGUGCCUUCCACUUUGAAAUGGAAUCCAGCACUUUACCUGACGAUUCAGCAUUCUUCCCGCUAGAGCUCAACAUUUUGACGGAAAAAAUGAUUCAUAAAGCAAAAGACGAGCUCGGAGAGACAAAGCAAAAGAGAGAGGAAUGUCUGGAAGAAUUUAAGAAAAUGAUCAGAAAGGAAAAGAAUUUGAAUGCCAACACAUGUAACGAAUUCCUCCUGAUUUUUUUGAGGGCAAAAAAGUUCAGGCUUGAUGCGGCGUUUAAAGUUUUGAAAAAAUAUUACUUAAACAGGAAGACCUAUUUAAGCCUAUACGAGAAAUUUUCACCUGAGCAUUGUCGUGAAGUUCUACAAGCCAAUUUUUUGAACUUUUUGCCUUUAAGAUCACCUGAAGGAGCAUCUGUCUGGGUACCAAGAAUAGGCUCUUGGGAUACUAAAAUGUUUACUCCUGAAGAAAUUACUAGAACUGGCCUAGUCUGCCUAGAAAAGGAGAUUAAAAAUCCAGUAACUCAAGUGUGUGGCAUGGUUGUUCUCAUAGAUCUCAAAGGGUUUUCGUGGUCUCAUAUGUCUCAGAUUACUCUGAAAAGUCUCAAGUGCUUUAUCGACACUGUUCAGGAUGGCUUACCAGUGCGACAUAAGGCAAUGCAUAUUAUCAACAAUCCCAGUAUAUUUGGUACAAUAUUCAACACCGUAAAACCCUUUUUAAGUGAAAAAAUAAAAAAGAGGGUAUAUUUCUAUGGAGAUGGCCUGAGUAGUUUGCAUCAGUUCCUUCCUCCAGAAAUGCUACCUGAAGAAUUUGGUGGAACACAAGGUCCAUUUGGAAAUGAAAGAUUUUAUCAGAGUUUACUAGAUAGUGAAGAAGAAUAUAAAAAGUGUCAACAGUACGGAUAUGAUGCCGUCAAAAUGUAAAAAACAAAAUGAUUACUAAACUAUAUGUAUAUUUAGAAUCAACUAUAUUUUAAUCAUAUUCUUUCGAACAUACUAAAGAAAGUUCCAAAAUAUUUAUAUAAACUGAUCUUCUUAUUCUAAUUUUCCGAUGACUUUAAAUGACUAUAUCAUCUUGUAAAUAUGUAAUAAUACUCUAAAUUAAUUUCGCUAUGUUAUUACCUCAAUAACCAGAAACUUUUAUAAUAGUAAUUGGAUGGAAUGUACUGAAUGUGCCAUUUUGUUAUUAUUCCAGGUCUUUCUAGCAAGAACUGUAUAUAACCAUUGAUUACAUAGAAAGAUAUCUAUGUAAAUAUAACUAACUCAAACUAUUACAAAAUUUCACUUUCAUUAAAAAAUCUUUUAAUAUGUAUAUUUUGCAUUCUGUAUAUAAUAAAUUAUAUAUUUCUAA